UCCCGUGCCGGCCCUGCAGAUGCACUCCGAGUAAAAAUCCAUGUGCGGUGAUCCCACCCACUGACAACCCGACAACCCGACUGUGAAAGACUCAAUUGGACUACCUCCCCUGCAAUGCAUGUCCCGGAGCCUACUACAACACACCUACAAGGCUGAAAGACCGGAAAUCCCCGACCCCAGCUUUAACCGACCGACCGACUGCGCAUUCGGCCCAGCGCAACACCCCCACCAGGUCCUGUCAUCCUACAGACCAGCCACCGAAGAUGACGACGCCCGGCCUGUCCUUCACGCGCCCCGUCUUCGCCAAGCUCUCCCCACAUCCCUACCUCCUCCGCAACUUGUCCCCGUCCUCCCCCGGCGCCCGACCCGCCCGCACAAACGGCCGCGCGCCCCAAGAAGCCCGCCCCGUCCACAUCAACGCCUCGUCGCUCUCCCAUGCCCACGGCAGCGCCCUCGUUCGCACGGGCGACACCACCGUCAUCUGCGGCGUGCGAGGCGAGAUCUUGCCCGUCGAGCGGAUCCCGCAGUAUCGGCCGCUCGACAUAAGGAAGCGACACCAGGAUGAAGGGGGAGAAGGCGCGGUGGAGGCUGCCGUAGGGCGCGGGGAGCUGAAGGACUACGACCUGCUGGUUCCCAACAUUGAACUCGCUACGGGGUCGGCGCCCCAGUUCCUCCCCGGCGUGCCGCCCACGCCGCUGGCGCAGACGCUCUCGACCAGGGUGUAUUCGCUGCUGCACGCAACCGGGCUGGUGGAGGCCGCGGACUUGCGGAUUUGGUAUGACCAUUCAAAGGCUAAAGGCGAAGAGAGAGAGGAUACCAACAUGGGAGAGCAAGAGGAGGAGGAGGAGCGGGUGGAAGGGAAGGAGGAGAGGGUUGUUGCAUACUGGGUGCUUUAUAUUGAUUUGUUAUUCGUGUCUUUCGACGGCAACCCUUUUGAUGCGGCCUGGGCGGCGGUUGUAGCGGCGUUGAGGGAUACAAAGUUACCGGUGGCAAGGUGGGAUCUGGACCGAGAGAUGGUGGUUUGUUCAAGGACGGAGAGCAGGAAGUUGCAUGUUAAGGGACUGCCUGUGGCGUGUAGCGCGGCUGUGUUUAUGGAGAAGGAGCAAGCCGAGGCGGGCACGGCUGUCGGGGAGGGCCGGCAUUGGAUUCUACUGGAUCCGGACCGGCUGGAGGAGAGUCUCUGUCGGGAGAUGAUCACUAUGGUGGUGGAUUGCAGCGAUGGGGAGACCAGGAUCAAGCAUAUUGAGAAGCAGGGCGGCACGGUACUUGGAAGGGAAUUGAUACGUGGCUAUGCCGGGGUUGCGGAGGGGAGGUGGAAGGAGAUUCGGGGGGCCAUGAAGUGAUUGCUUGGAGAAACCCGUGUUGAGAAGAUGGUGUUGGCUCCCACGUUAUCACAGGCCACAGGGGGUUCCCAGAAUGUCGGCACCGCGUCAAACGGACUUCAUAGGAUUUUGAAGUGCCGUAGCCUUAGAUCAACACUGAGGGACUCUGGGUCGUUG